UAAGAUAAGAAAUGAACAUUUAAGGAAGAGGCUUUGGCCUUUUGGUUGCUGACCCGGCGCUACCCUCUCUGCAGCAUCGGUCACUGUGUUCCUGAAAGUCAACUUAUAAAAAGGCACCAUCAAGCACAGGCGAUGGUGGGGAGGUGAGGGGCAGAAGCCGCGGGCCUGUUGUCUCAGCUGCCUUGAAGGUUCAGCGCCGGAUCCCAGAGCUAGUGACCUGUGAUCCACCUCUUCAACGCGCACACUGCGAGGCAGAGGUGACGCCCAGGAGGAUGUCGCUUACCUGUGAGCACGCGGGCGCUUUCACACAGCGAACCUGAGCCCACAGCUCACUGACCAGGCCACUGCUACUGCUGGGAAGGGGCCGAGUGCAGCAAAGCAACAUGACUGUUCAGGACAUGUUGUGGUAUGCUGAAAGGCAGCUUCUGAAAUGGGUAAAGGCGUGGGAAGCACACGCCAAAAAGCCCUUUUCUUUCUCGUGAAAUCCUCGGGUAAGAUGCGUGCGUGUGUAAAGGCCUGCGUUUCCGGAGGGGAGGAAGGCCUCCGCCGGUGGAAGACGCUGAGGCGAAUCGGAGGCUCGGCCAGGCUGACGCCUGGGUCCCGGGUCCGAGCUUUCAGGGCCGGGACGCCGCGCGGGGAGCCGCCCCUUUACGUCCAGUGGGGAGGGUCACCAGGACUUUUCCUUGCCCCAGCACGGAACCCAGCCGGGCCGACCCGGUGCGCGGCGGCGGGCGCGUCCUCCCUGCUGCGCAGAGCCUGGACCCUCGCGGCCGAGAUGGUGGCUGCCCUAGAAUGCAGGGAUGAACACAAGGCGGCAGCGAUGGACGAAGAAUGCAGAGGGAACAGAUCAUCUGGCUGGAGUGAGACGCCGAUUUUACGCGAGAGACACCCUAGUGGGCCUCCGAACCGACCCUGCGCCGUGGGAAUAUUCGCGAUCUCGGGUGCGGCAGCGAUGAGCGUGGAACGGGACGGAAACACCCUCGUGCGUGAGGUUCGGAGAGGCAACACCGCCCCCUGCUGGCAGGCACGCACCACGGUCCUCGGCCUGCGGCAGGCUCCUGCGCUUUCUUAAGUUGUUCCUGCAGAGGUUCCAACUGCUCGGAGACAUUACCAUUGACUGGAACCCUGGCUUCUUCACUCACAGGGGAGACGGCACAGCCAACUUCUGAGAUGCCUCAAAGCUUGCAGUGGAGCAGACUGUAUUGAUUAACUCUCUUCCCUUGGACCAGCAAUCUCUAUUAUCAGGAGAGCUUCUUCAGAAAUUUGCAUUUUAAGCAGAAAACAGAAAUUGUGAUAACAGUGAAUCAGUGUAGCUGAUUUUUGCCUUACAGAAGUUACAAAUUAAGGUUUUAAAUAUCACAUCUGCUAUUAUCUUGGUGCCUUUACAAUGCUAUUGAUGUCUAUCCUCAAAUAUCCAGUAGAGGGCAUGAAAAGAAUUGGUUUUGUUGGAUUCACUAUAUUGAAAACAAGAGUUGAAAAAUGAAAAAGCCAACGGAUGACCAGACAAUACAAUGAUUGUUUAAAUGAAAUAAUUACAGUAAAACACAUUGCUAAGCAUGAUAGGAUAAGCGUGUUCACAAUGAGGAGGGGAUUCUGAGUAUUCUGAGUGGAGCUAAUGGUUCUGCUCAUGCACUAAUGCACUUUUUAUGGUAAUAAAAUUUUUUUUUUUGGUACUGGAGAUCAAACUCACGACUGUGUGCUUGCAAGGCAGGUGCUUAUGCCGCUGAUCUAAAUCCCCAGCCCAGUAAUAAAUUUUAAAAAGUAAACAUUCACCAUAGUUUUCAUCAUACCCUAUUGGUCAACUAUUUUAUAAGGCAAUUUCUGUCAAAUAAAAAAAUUAUAAUGUGGCUUCAUUCUACUUAUGCACUGUAUUUGGCACCUUGUAACUUCUAGCUCUUCCCCAAAAGCAAAAUGACCAUGAAAGGUAAACGGCUGGGAUCCACAGAACAACGAGCCACCCAUGACAGAGCAGCCUCAAACACAAAAGUGGAGUCCUAGGACUACUUCAAAGAGUGGCAAGGACAGCGGGAUAAGUGUGUUCAAAGCAAAGGAAGGUGUCAAUAGAAAUAUGUCCUUCACUGCAAUCAUUUUUUAAAAAAAUUAAAUAUUCAGUAUUUUGUUCAUACCUCCUAUGUUAAAGCUUCCAGAGAGCAACAAAAAUUUUAAACAUUGACUUGAAAUGUAUUGCAGUCUUUAUUUUUCUUAUUUCCUAUCUGUAUCAGUUAUUUAAAAUAAAACACUUGAAGCCAGAGAUGUAGCUCAGCAGCACAGUACCUGCCUAGAAAGUACAAGGUCCUGAGUUUGAUUCCUGUUGUCAAAAUAAACAAAUAAACAGACAGCUCACUUAUUUCUUUGGGGUUAGAUUUCCUAUUGGGUUAAUGAAAUACAUAUGGAAUCACUAAAUAAAAUAUCAGUAAUUUGCAUUCAGAUAUACUGCAGACAAACCUGAAGAACAUACCAAAGUUUGGCAAAUGACAUUGUAGCCCUGAUAAGCAAAAGUGCCAACCACAAAAACUCUUUUUUAGGAUUCUUCACUAUCUGUGCUUCCCACACAAGUCUUGACUCUCAAACAUGCUUUGGGAACAGGAUGAGACCCUUUCACUAUCAUUACCAGAUGCCAAGUUUGACUGAGAACUGGCUUAGCAGUUGUAAAAUAGGAAAUGAGAUAGCAUACAAUGUACAGUAUUUUUCCAACUUAUGAACAAAGUUCUGUUCUGGGAGAACAUUUGUAAAUCAGAUUCUUAUACACCAUUGUGAAAGUUCACAACUUCAGUGUCUGUAAGCCAGGGACCUACUGUAUAUGUACAUACAUGAGUAUGCACACGUGUUAUAAACACACAUACAUAUAAAUACAUAUAUGUGAAUAUGUCACUUUUCAUUUUUCUAAUUUGGUCAGAGGCAUAAGAAAAACUCAUUUAGUCAAUGCUUACGGUAUGCUAGAUAUAAUAUUAGGCACUUGAAAAAUAGUAUUAAUCUUUAUAACAACCCUCCAAAGCCAACUUUAUGAUUCUCAUUUUGCUGAGUCUAAGACUUGGAAUAUUUCACAUUUCAGCAUUUCUCUGUUUGAUAAUCUGCACCAUUUGUCAUAAAAUCAUUGGGAAGUAAGAAAUCUUCCUUGUAAACAGUUUAGGAUCUAAACUAAUAAAAUAAUAAAAUCUCUGUAUCCACAUAUUUUGGAUAUUAACUUUUCCUGUAUUUUGAAUAAGUAAAUCUUACAUUUAAUGGAUAAUAAUGUAUGCUUUUUCAUUGUUUUAAUUUUAAUUUUUAUGAUUAUUUUCUAUGUAGCUGUCCAAAUGAACCAGUACUUCGACAUUUGUUUAGCUGUAAUGUAUCCUAGAGUGACAACCUUAGUACAUCUCUCAUCAUUCUCUUUGUUGCUUGGGGUCCCAGUGUUUCUCAGAUGGGUCUCAAGGACCACUCAUAUUAAAAUACAUGAGUGAGUUUCUUUAAAAUAGAAAUUACAGGGUCUUGAAAAAUGUUAUUUUAACCAGACUUGAGUGGAGGCUCUAGGCUGUACAUCUUCACACAAUUCUUACGUAUUUCUCAUUCCUAUUAAAUCAACACACAGUUUAGACAAUGAAGAAGCCGAAGGACCAGGCAGAAUUCAGUGGCCAGCUGUUAUAAUUGUCAGCAACCAUGACUUUGACUUCAGGGCAUCUCACUUUCCAUGUAGUAUUUAUUGGUUACUGUCAUGGUUUAUGUCUGUGUCCCCCAGGCCUCAUGAAUUUGCAUGGUGCAUUUGUGCAUUUGCAUUGUUUAGUGCUUGGAUUGAUGGUGUCAGUGCUCCACCCACAUAGGGGUGGAGCCAGGAUGUGAUAUGAUGGCAGGAAGAAGGUGUGUCUUGCUGUUUGCUGUUGGUGGCUGCCAUGAACUGCGGCCCAGCCAUGCCUGCCUGCCUUGGAGCCAACUGAGUGUGGACUAAAACCUCCAAAAACUGUAAGAAAUAAAACUUUCCUUUCCCAA